AUGCUUUUCUCUAAUCCACAAUCUAACUCCUGGCUUGUGAACAAGUUACUCAAACUCAAACAUGGUGUUCCCUUUAAUCAAGUUGAGGUUGCAGAAUGGCGAAAAGCACGGUUCUGGUCAGACAAUUGGACACCAUUUGGUGACCUUCACACACACUUGUCGGGAACAAACUCUAGGUUGGGAAUUCCUCUUCAUGCUACUGUGGCCUCUCUGUAUAGAAACGGCACUUGGUCUCUACCACCUGCACGUUCAGAAGCGCAGAUUGAGUUAUAUGUCUAUCUUACAACAGUCGAACUUAACUCAUCUCAAGAUUACUAUGAAUGGGAGAUCAACGGUCAAGUUCAAACAACUUACAGAACGGGGCGUCUCUAUGAUUACCUCUGCGCUUUAAAACCUGAUGUCGUUUGCUACGAUCUGUGGGCGAUGGUAGCUAGAAGACUACAACUUGUACCUUAUCGUCACUGGCCUAUCACUAUUCAGCAAUUGAUCGCACUUCCCCCACCCGCCUCGCAAAGAAUCCUCACUCGACUGGCUUGGCAAGCAACCUUGUACUGGCUAUGGACCGAACGUAAUACUCGCCUCCAUACGCAGAUGUUUCGAUCGGUUGAUCAGAUCUUCAAACUACUUGACAGACAACUGAAGAACAAGCUUCAAAGCUUCAGGGACACAAACCGACUCGGUCUUCGAUCAUGA